UAAACCAGCAAUAUUAUAAUAUAGUGAAACAAACCUGAUCUAAUCUCAAACAACGUUUUGAUCCUGAACGCUCCCUGAAGGUGUGCGAGCAGGAAGUAGCUCCAGCGGCCGGAUGUUCUGUGAGAAGACAGGAACAACAAAGAGCAGAAAGUACCCCGGUUUUAAACCUACUUCAGAACACGUAAGAACACUAAAGCGGGGAAAUUAACUGUUCACAGUAGAAAUUGGUUUGCAUGUGAGGACAAGUGUCGGCCGAGCCAACCAUGGCGAACAAUGCAGAGGAUAUAGAAAACAAUAUGGACCAACAGGAGACCAAUGUUGCCACUGGACCCACCCAGCAGCCGCAGGACGCUGCGGUGGCCAGAGCACGGUCCAGAGGAGGUUCAGGAGCUGGAGGAGGAGGGGGUGAUGGUGGAGGUGGUAAUGGCAAUGGUAGUGGACCGGAGCAGAACGGACAGCCCCCCGUCGCUCGGCCUCCACGUUUGGUGGAGACUGAGGAGGAAGAGGACGAAGAGUUGACCCUGAAAUAUGGGGCCAAGCACGUCAUCAUGCUGUUUGUUCCUGUGACCCUCUGCAUGGUGGUCGUCGUUGCAACCAUAAAGUCUGUCAGCUUCUACACGCAGAAUGACGGGCAGAGACUGAUCUACACGCCGUUCCCUGAAGACACAGACACAGUAGGGCAGAGAGCCCUCAACUCCAUCCUGAACGCCACCAUCAUGAACACUGUGAUCAUCGUCAUGACUUUGGUGCUGGUGCUGUUAUACAAGAACCGCUGCUACAAGGUGAUCCAAGGAUGGCUCAUCCUCUCCUCCCUGCUCCUGCUGUUCUUCUUCUCCUACAUCUACCUCAAAGAGGUUUUCAAGACCUACAAUGUGGCCAUGGACUUCUUUACCCUGGCAAUAAUAAUUUGGAACUUCGGAGUGGUCGGCAUGAUGUGUAUUCAUUGGAAAGGACCGCUGCGGCUCCAGCAGGCCUACCUCAUCAUGAUCAGUGCCCUCAUGGCCCUGGUUUUCAUUAAGUACCUGCCAGAGUGGACCGCCUGGCUCAUAUUAGCCGUCAUAUCUGUCUACGAUCUGUUAGCGGUGCUCUGUCCCAAAGGGCCUCUGAGGAUCCUGGUGGAGACGGCUCAGGAGAGGAACGAACCCAUCUUCCCAGCUCUCAUCUACUCUUCUACAAUGGUGUGGCUCGUCAACAUGGCCGACACUGACAGGCCAAAAAGGAACUCGACAGAAGCAGCAUCACCUCAACAAGAGGCUCAAGAAGCUGUGGCGUCCCCAGCUCCCUCCAGUCUGUCACAGGACGACGGAGGCUUCACCUCCUCCUGGGUCAACCAGCAGGAGCAUCAGCUGGGGCCGAUCCAGUCCACCGAGGAGACCAGACGGGAGAUCCAGCAGAUGCCCUCUGCUCGUCCUCCCGUUGAAGACGAUGAUGAGGAGAGGGGCGUCAAGCUGGGGCUCGGAGACUUCAUCUUCUACAGCAUGCUUGUUGGAAAGGCCUCUGCCACAGCCAGUGGCGACUGGAACACCACGCUCGCCUGCUUCGUAGCCAUCCUCAUUGGCCUGUGUCUGACCCUACUCCUCCUCGCCAUCUUCAAGAAAGCACUUCCCGCUCUGCCCAUCUCCAUUUUUUUUGGCCUGGUCUUCUACUUCGCCACAGACAACUUGGUACAGCCCUUCAUGGACAAGCUGGCGCUACACCAGUUCUACAUUUAGCAGGAUGCUGCCCUCAUAACCCUCACCCACAUAGCCCUCCUUCCAACAACACAAGAGCGGUCCCUUCACAGCCGGGGAACAAAGGGUGAUGCAGGGGCCCCUCCCGCUCCCACAUCCCCUCCUAAGAACUCAUCGUGACGAGACACAAGUUGUUUUUGCUCUGCAUUUUUUCCAGCGCCAACGGAGGGUUAUUCCUCAUGACAGCUGUUCUCAAAGUAUUUUAUUUCUGUUUUUAAACCAAGAAGUGACAUUUCUCGCUCGACUUGGGACCUUUUCUUCAGAUUGGCGUUCACAGGUCUCAGGUUCAAUCAAAGUUAGCGGGAAUUUUUUUAUUUUAUUUAUCCAGGGAAGCUUUACAAGAGGUCAUCUGCUCCUUUUCAGUAGAGCCCUGUUUCACAUUCAUACCUGUACAACCCUGUACAACAACAGUCUUCUACAACUGGGGCUUUACAGAAGGUGCCUUGCUCAGGGACACCUUGGCGGUAGCUGUUGAGCGGAGGGAGAAACUUUCAUCAAACAUCUUCAUUUUUAUGGCUUCAGCUACCACCACCCCCAAAACUAAACCCACGAUUAAAAAAGCCU